AUGAUUUCUCCACGAAAAUUAUUAGGCUUAACCGCCUUAAUAGGUGCUGCGAGAGCUGCCUCGCUAUCCGAAUACUGCACACCUGCUUUUGCUGCGAGCGUAUUGCCGGUUCAGGACCUUGGACUAGGUGUCACUAUCGACGUCUCAUCGGUAUCAGCCAUUCUUACAUCUAACAAAUCAGUUAGCUCCGAAUGGUUUGGGACUACUGCGAUUGAUUACUGCAAUAUCACCUUCGCCUAUUCUCACGAUGGAAUUGCGAACGAUAUCGUCCACGUGUCGUAUCUUGUCCCGCCACCCGACAAGUUCUUAAAUCGAUACGUCUCUACCGGAGGAGGCGGGCUUGCUAUUAAUUCGGGAUUAUCGUUCAGUCCCGUCGGCAUCAUUUCCGGUGCUGUGUCAGGCAUUACGGAUGGAGGAUUUGGCAACUUCAAUACUCAGUAUGAUAAAGUAUUCCUCUUGGCGAAUAAUACGGUCAAUUGGCAAGCGACAUAUAUGUUUGGAUACGAGGCGCAUCACGAGCUUGCUACACUUGGAAAACAAUUCACCAGAAACUUGUUCAACAUAUCUGAUGGCGAAAAGAUUUAUUCUUACUAUCAAGGGUGUUCCGAAGGUGGCCGUGAGGGAUGGAGCCAAAUUCAACGCUUCGCAGAUCAAUUCGACGGACUUGUAACUGGUGCACCUGCUUUCCGAUUCAGCCAUCUGCAGACCAACCAUCUGUCAGGAGCGGUUAUAGAAAAGGCAAUCGGUUACUUUCCGCCACCUUGCGAGCUCGAGAAAAUCGCCAACUUAACAAUAGCCGCUUGCGAUGGCUUAGAUGGUAAAGUAGACGGAGUAGUUGCGCGGUCCGAUCUCUGCAAGCUAAACUUUGACUACAAUUCGACAAUAGGUCAGCCGUACUAUUGUGCGGCAUCUAAUGGUCCGUCUCUGCGCCGGCGCCAGUUUCCGGGCUCCAGCCCUACGCCUGAACAGAAUGGUACCAUCACUGCCGAAGGUGUAGCAGUGGCCUCCGCGUUUACGAACGGUCUGAUAGACUCCAAAGGGAAACGCAUCUAUAUUAAUCCCCAACCCGGCUCUUCCUUCACCGACGCUACGACUCAAUUCAAUGAGAAUACAGGCGAAUGGGGGCCCAAUCUCUCCGGCUUAGGGCCACAGUGGAUAACACGUUACUUGUAUCUCCAACAGAAGGAUUCGCUUGAUAAUCUCGAGAAUGUGACCGCCGAUACUCUGCGGGAUUGGAUGGCGCUUGGCAUGCAAAAGUAUCAGGACUCACUUCAGACGACCUGGCCCGAUCUUAACCCCUUUAAAGCGGCCGGGGGUAAAGUUAUUCACGUCCACGGAGAAGCAGACUCUUCAAUCCCAGCUGGAUCUUCAAUUCAUUAUUACGAUUCUGUUAGGAACACCAUGUAUGACGAUCUAAACUACGAGGAAAGUAUAUCCGCAAUGGAUGACUUUUACCGCUUAUAUAUCGUUCCUGGCGGAUCUCAUUGCGGAAGCAACCAAAAUCAACCAGGCGGUGGUUGGCCCGCAACUACACUUCAAGCAGUUAUCGAAUGGGCCGAGAACGGAGUUACCCCUGAUACACUCGAUAAUACGGGGGAUAUUGAUGUAUUGUGCAAAUGGCCUCUCCGCCCGCUAUGGUCUGGUAAUGGGACCCAUUUCGAUUGCGUAUAUGAUUCCAGAUCGACAGAGUCCUGGACUUAUACGUUUGAUGCUUUCAAGUACCCCGUCUAUUAG